UAAAAAUAGCAUUUACCUGUUUUUGUGUAAAUGUUUUGAGAGUUCUUUCUAUUGACUAUCAUGUUACGGUUUUUUAAACCAGUAAAGAUUACUGUGUAAUUAUCAAAAAGCCUAUUAUAUGUUCUAAUUUCUAAUACAAGUACUAUUUAGUAAAAUACACAGCAUUACAUACGGACAUCAUCAAUGGCCGAUUAUAAAUUGUAUUAUUUUCCUGUUCGUGGUAGAGCUGAACUAACUAGAAUUAUGUGUGUCGCUGCUGGAAUUAAGUUUGACGACAUACGUAUUCCAGGAUCAGAAUUUCCAGAAAAGAAAAAGACUUUUCCUAAUGGUCAGUUGCCAAUGCUAGAGUACAAAGGACAAUAUCUUACACAAAGCCUGGCCAUUGCACGGUUUAUUGCAAGAACUUGUGGACUAGCAGGUAAAUCUGACUGGGAUCAGGCCCAGGUGGACCAGAUUGUUUACACCGCUAAUGACCUGACAGAACAAUUUUACAGCUAUUUUCUCGAGAAAGAUUCUGACAAAAAGGAGGAAAAGCUUCGGAAAUUGUUGAAUGAAUAUGUUCCUGAUAAGCUUGCAACUUUUGAGGAAUGGUUAAAACAGAACAAAGGUGGAGAUGGAUUCUUUGUUGGUUCUACGCUUACAAUGGCUGAUGUAGCUGUAUACGAAGGUUUGACCAGCGUUUUGCAAAAGGAUACAAAUUUAUUGGACAAGUUUCCCAAGUUGUUAGCUCAUCGACAGAGAAUAGCAGGUUAUCCAAGAAUCAAAGAAUAUUUAGCGAAACGGGAAUGCACCGAAAAUUAGAAAUAUGGACUCAAGUCUGUAUCUGUGGCUUGUGCAUAUUACAUAUUUAUAAUAUACAAAUGUAUGGGGUAUAUAUUUAUUGAAAUGUAGUUUCUUUCACAUUUAUUAAAUUCACUUUCAUUUACUUUCAUUGCAUACUUAUAAUCAAGUCCUGACUACUUAUCGAAGGUUAUGAGCCUUUCUCUGGUUGGAAAUCUUCUAUCAAUGUAUUUUGUAAUAAUAAAAUUUUUAAAAAAUCUUUUGA